GACAAACGAAUCUGUGCAUCGGGCGAUCGAUAACACGUACGAGGAGUAAGAAAAGACGAAUUGUUGGCGAUUUUUGGUUCAUUGCCAAGACAUCCCCAGUUCCUUGUUUCCAGACCUCCAUUCGUUCUUCACUCGCUCAUUGUCCAUGGGCCAGCAGCCCAAAUCGGCUCCACCUUCCCCCACCAAACUCUCCAUUUACUCUCCCCGCGUUCUGGGAUUCAUUAAGGCUAAUAGCGGAACUUUUCAUGGCCCUCGAAUCCAAAUCUAUGACCCAGGUGCUGACCAUCCUCUUGGCUGUGGUUCUCAGUCAGACCCUCACUGUCAAUGGAUUCUUCCUCCCAUCUUCCUCCUCCUCUACCUUUUCUACCAAAGAGGGUCGACAAACGGAUUUGGCUUCCAUGCCCGAGGGAGAUAUUAUGGUGAUGAAAGACAACCAAAGAGCUCAGUACUCCUGCUUCCCGUGGGUCUUCAAUCCAGGAUGCUAUUUGAACUCAUUGGUGGACUGGAAUUGGGUUUGCCGAACCAACACCUUGGGCUGGGAACAAUGCGAGAUCAUGUCCACCACGAGGCUGGUCAACUCCGAAACAGACGCUGAAGACGAUAGCGUGGUGACCCUGGUGGACAACUACGGGGAUCUAGAGGAGGAACUGGACGAGAAUCUGGAGGAAAUCCUCGAAAACUCCAAGCGGAAAACGAGUGAAGAUGUCCUGAAGGAGGUGAAUGAAUUGCAAAAGGUCCGAGAAGACAUCAAGGCCCUGAAUCGGGUUCGACUCCCGCCCAAUGAGACGGUGGAAGCGUAAUCAUGCGGCCUUACCUGACUCUCCAGCCCUUCUUUGUGCAUCUGUCGCCGUAAACGACAAUUCAUGGCAUAUCUGAAAUUAGAAGCAAAGAGAAAACAUGAAUAAAACAGGAAAUGCGCCGCGACAGAUACUGCGUAUCAUCAUGAAGAAACCUAGCCUUUAGAUUGUCAGUUCAAGUUCGGGACGAUGAGAUUGUUGGUUUGGCUGUUCGGACUUGCCCUGUUUUUUGAGACAAUUUCCGCUCAAAACAGUGUAUCACCUGAUUUUCAAUGUUCGAAAACGUGUAAUAAGUGGGAUAAAACCACUCCAGGCAGUCAUUCAAAAGCCAUUGAAUCAUGCACAUUGAUGACUAAGGUCAGUGACGAAACAUCCUCAGAAAACAAUCCAAACCAUCAGGAGCGCCUCGCCAAUGUCAGUCCUUUUUGUAUCAAGUCGAAUUCUUCAAACGAGUCGCAGUUGCAGUUUUGCACCAUGAAUGAGACUCCCAUUUCAUGGAUGGAUUUAAAACGACAAAACUGCCAAAUCCUCAAGACCAAGAAAAGUAACGACUAUAUUUCAACGUCGGACACUAAAAGCAUCCCCGAUUGCAUCAUGGCCUUUAAAUCUAAUGCCACGUGUAUUGGUUCUUCUUCACCCAAUGGGUUUCAGAAUUGCUCCGUGGAAAGUGUCCCCCAAGCCGAAUUUGUUGACGCAAAAGGCUUGGAAUUAAUCAAAAAAGCAUUUGCCUCAUUUAGGGCUUUAGGGUUUACAGAAAUUGGAGAAUGCCUGAUGCAAAGGAAAGUUUUCCCAUCGCUUGAGGCCAAAUCCACAAAAGUCACUCCAUUUGAAGACUAUUUUGAGGUCACUGAAAUUGUCGGAGACGAGAUCGAUUUGAAAAUUAAGUUUCGAAAAAAAGGGUUUGCUUCUAUAUUGUUUUGUACGAUGGGUGAUCAAACCACCAUCCGAUUUGAUGAUGAGUCGUUCGUGAUCCUUCACGAAAAACAGACCCGUUUUUUCGUGCUUACGGACCAUAGUAGUGUGAAAAUCACUUGGCCACCAUUUCAAGACAGCCUGGGAUUCCAAGAUAUUCAAGAAAAAUUGAAAUGGAUAAAAAUGAAAACAUCCUCUAAAAUACAAAUUGUCAAAAUGAAGUGGGCCAACAGCACCGACAUUGAAGCGUGUCUAUCUAAGACGACCAAGAGCAACCACCUUCUUGUUCCAUUGCUUUAUGGAGGGACUUUUGUUGGGGUUUUGAUUCUUUUAUUGAUCUGUUUUUGUUACGCAUGCAUCCGAUCCAAAAGUCCUAAACAGCCCUGUGAACUGGAACCUGUCAAUUUGUCUGCGGAAAGAUCGAGAGACGCUACCACAUCGGACUACAUAUUUGAAAUAUCUAAUGACAACGAAUAUUAUGGACAGUGAGCAGGAACUAAUGAAAUAAACGCUCCCUUGUUAAUC